AUGUUUCAGAAAGGGAGGAGGCACAUGCUAGUCGAGAUCAUUCGGAAAAAAUGUGAGCCUAGUAUGUUUCCAACAUAUUUAAAGGCUUCUUCUAAUCAAGAGAAUGCAACACUUGACAUGGAAGAAACUACUUGUUCGAUGCUCAUGGCGGAGAACAAGAACCUUCGAAGAGAGAAACUUGAACUGCAAAUCCAAAUAGCACAAUUCAAGGCUCUAGAAACUAAGUUAUUGGACUUUUGUGGCACUUUGUGGGUGCAGGUGUCAGAGUGGAUGAAUAAAAAGGGCAUUUGCAUAUUCUCACCAAGUCAACAUGCUGUUCAAUUGGAUUUGAUUGGUAGAGUUCAUGGGCUUGUUUCUGCUGAGAACUAUUUCAAUAACCUGAGGGACCAGGAUAAAAAUGAAAAGACAUACGGUGCACUUCUGAAUUGUUAUGUUCAGAAGCGUGAAACUGAUAAGUCCAUCUCGCAUUUGCAGAAAAUGAAGGAGAUGGGCUUUGCCAAAUCUUCUCUCUCUUAUAAUGACAUUAUGUGCCUCUACACAAAUGUUGGCCAGCAUGAGAAGGUUCCUCAGGUCCUAAAUGAGAUGAAGGAGAACAAUGUUUUACCUGAUAACUUCAGCUACAGACUCUGCAUCAAUUCCUUUGGUGCUAGGGAUGACCUUGAGGGAAUGGAAAAGAUUUUGAAUGAGAUGGAGCACCAACCGGACAUUGUUGUGGACUGGAACUCAUAUGCUGUUGCUGCUAGUUCUUACAUCAAAGGUGGCCUUACUGAUAAGGCCAUUGAUUCCCUGAAAAAAUCAGAAACAAGGCUAGAUAAGAAAGAUGGAACUGGUUACAAUCAUCUGAUUUCACUCUAUGCCACACUAGGGGAGAAGACUGAGGUUUUGAGAUUGUGGGAUCUGGAGAAAUCUACUUGUGGAAGGCCUAUAAACAAGGAUUAUAUCAACAUUAUGGCUUCUCUAGUGAAGCUUGAUGAGUUUGAAGAAGUUGAGAAAGUGCUAAAAGAGUGGGAAUCAUCCGGCAAUUUUUAUGAUGUUCGGGUGCCAAAUACCCUUAUUAUUGGGUACUCUGGUAAAGGCUUGCAUGAGAAAGCAAAGGCACUGCUUGAGAACUUGACCGAGAAAGGAAAGGCGACUCUCCCAAACAUUUGGGGCAAAGUUGCUGCAGGAUUCUUUGACAAAAAUGAGGUGGCAAAAGCUUUCAGCUGUAUGAAGGCUGCCCUCUGCCUAUACGAGGAGAAUAAAGAAUGGAAGCCAAAUCAAAAGGUAAUCAGUGGCAUUUUGAGUUGGCUUGGUGAUGAAGGUAGUGCUGAAGACACAGAAGCUUUUGUGUCCUCGUUGAAGAAUGUCAUCCCAAUGAACAGGGAAAUGUAUCAUGCUGUAUUGAAGGCACAUAUAAGAGCUGGGAAAGAAGUGCAUGGACUGUUGGACGCCAUGAAAACUUACAAGAUAAAGGAGGACGAAGAAACUAAGAAAAUCUUGAGCAUGAUGCAGAAUUAAAUUCAACAACAUAAGGCCUUAAUGUUAUUCCAUUGAGAACCACAAUAACUCCCGUAUUCAAAUCAAGUUUGUUCCUGAGAGAAUCAUGCAACUGAUGCAGCACUCCAUUUUGUCUGUCUAGUUGCGUUGAAGCAAUUGGUAGUUCAAAUUUAUCAAGAUUAUUCCCUUGCUUGCUACCAGCUGUCCAUAUGAAAUUGUUCGAGCUAAUCGUGAUGGGUUUUAUUUAUAUGCUCGGUCCAUUUAAUUUA